AUGAACUUAAUUGAAAGCGUAUAUAGUACAUUUUAUUCUUCUGCAUAUCUCUUCUACAUAUCUCUUCUACAUAUGCCCCUCUACAUAUAUCCUUAUAUUAUGCUGUAUCCCCAAGAGACAGUGGUUUCCUUCUAUUAUCCUUCUUUUCCAUAUAUCUUUCUUAGUUUUCUCCUUGGAAAAAGAAUGCUGCAGAGUACGUAUGAGAGUCUAUCCAAAGGCAUAAUGAAAAAGAUCUAUGAAACUAUAGAUCAAGUAGUAGACAGUGUCUCCUUAAAGGAUAAUGUAAUUAUAGUUGAAGUCCCAAAGGCAGGCAUAUUCGUAAUAAACAGGCAACCAUCAAAAGAAGAAAUCUGGUUGUCAUCACCUCUCUCUGGCCCAUACCACUUCGCUAGAAAGAAGAACCAGUGGCUAGAUAGAAAUGGAAAUAGUCUUCUUAAGAUUAUUUCAAAAGAAAUCCUUAAUGAACAAAGUCUAAUUGAAUAA